AUGACAACAGCACCCGCACCAACCAACCUCAUCGUCGUCUGCUGCCACGGCAUCUGGACUGGCGGCCCCACCAACGGCCGUGCCGAGUCCGAAUGGCUCAUCGCCGACUUCCAGGCCAGCGAGACCCCGACGUUUGUCGAGCACAUCAAGGCCGGGCUGACGGCGCUGCGAGACGAGUACCCGGCUUCCGCGCUCGUGUUUUCGGGGUAUGUUGGGAUUGAUCCGCCGGGGAUGAAGGGCGCUGGUGCUGCUGCUGCCUCGGUCACCACGAACGCUGCCCCUGAGGAGGAGGAGGAGGAGGAGGAGGAGGAGGAGAGAGAGGAUGGUAAAACAAACGACGGUGGUGGUAAUGAUUCCAAAGUGGGAGCCAUUGCGGGCGUAAAGCACGCCGCGGACGAGUGGACGGUCGACCCGCAUGGCGUUGGGCCGAGUUUAUCGGGCAAGAGGAGGGCGAGGAAUCCGUGGGGUCUGCAAGAUACCCUUUUUGCGAGCGAGAAGGAGAGGAUACAGAGUGAACUCGCUACGAGGUUUGUAGACGGGCAUGAGGCGCUUGUGGAAGAUACAAAGAGGCCGUGGGCUUAG